CUCGCGAGCCGCCGAGCAGCGAACACCCCAAACAAUCCCCAGCGCCGCCGCCAAAUUAAAUAACCUGCCCGCGCCCCGCGCCCUCCCCAAACCUCCCCCCCUCCUCGGCGGCCAAGUCUCCGGGCCGGGCCGGGCCGGGCGCGCAACCGGCAGCCGGGCCGGGGAUAUAGGAGCGGAGCUACGAGCCUGGGCCUCCUCGCUGCCUACGCCGACACUGGGCAAGAAGUUGUCCACUACAAAGGAAGAAAGAAAAGUAAGCUUGUACUUGAGACUGGUUUUUGAAUAUCUUUCUAAUACAGUGGUGUUCCAGAAGAUGAUAAAGAAAUGAUAGCAGCUCCAGAAAUACCAACUGAUUUUACUCUCCUUCAGGAGUCUGAAACACACUUCUCUUCCGAUACAGACUUUGAGGAUAUUGAAGGAAAAAACCAAAAACAAGGCAAAGGAAAAACCUGUAAAAAAGGAAAAAAGGGACCAGCAGAGAAGGGGAAAAGUGGAAACGGAGGAGGGAAACCUGGUGGUCCGAAUCGGAUGAAUGGACAUCACCAACAGAAUGGUGUGGAAAACAUGAUGCUGUUUGAGGUAGUUAAAAUGGGCAAGAGUGCUAUGCAGUCUGUAGUGGAUGACUGGAUAGAGUCAUACAAACAUGACAGAGAUAUAGCACUUCUUGAUCUCAUUAACUUCUUUAUUCAGUGUUCAGGCUGCAAAGGAGUUGUUACAGCAGAGAUGUUCCGACAUAUGCAGAAUUCUGAAAUAAUCCGAAAAAUGACUGAAGAAUUUGAUGAGGAUAGUGGAGAUUAUCCGCUUACUAUGGCUGGUCCCCAGUGGAAGAAGUUCAAAUCCAGUUUUUGUGAGUUCAUUGGAGUACUCGUCCGACAAUGUCAAUAUAGCAUCAUAUAUGAUGAAUAUAUGAUGGAUACUGUCAUUUCACUGCUUACGGGGCUGUCAGACUCACAAGUCAGAGCAUUUCGGCACACUAGCACACUGGCAGCCAUGAAGCUGAUGACUGCUUUAGUGAAUGUGGCAUUAAACCUUAGUAUUAACAUGGACAAUACACAACGGCAGUAUGAAGCAGAACGAAAUAAAAUAAUUGGGAAACGAGCUAAUGAUAGGCUGGAACUCUUACUACAGAAAAGAAAGGAGCUUCAGGAAAAUCAGGAUGAAAUAGAAAACAUGAUGAAUGCAAUAUUUAAAGGUGUUUUUGUGCAUAGAUACCGAGAUGCAAUUGCUGAAAUAAGAGCUAUCUGUAUUGAAGAGAUUGGAAUAUGGAUGAAGAUGUACAGUGACGCCUUUCUCAAUGACAGCUACUUAAAAUAUGUAGGGUGGACUAUGCACGAUAAGCAAGGGGAAGUAAGACUCAAAUGCCUAACUGCUUUGCAAGGGCUUUACUAUAAUAAAGAGCUUAAUUCCAAAUUGGAACUCUUCACCAGUCGGUUCAAGGAUAGAAUUGUGUCUAUGACUCUUGACAAAGAAUAUGAUGUUGCAGUCCAAGCAAUAAAAUUACUCACUCUUGUUUUACAGAGUAGUGAAGAAGUUCUGACUGCAGAAGACUGUGAAAAUGUAUACCAUCUGGUUUAUUCAGCUCAUCGGCCAGUAGCCGUUGCCGCAGGGGAAUUUCUUUAUAAAAAGCUUUUCAGCCGCAGAGAUCCUGAAGAUGAUGGAAUACUUAAAAGGAGGGGAAGACAAAGUCCAAAUGCUAAUCUUGUGAAGACAUUAGUGUUUUUCUUUUUGGAAAGUGAAUUGCAUGAACAUGCUGCUUAUCUUGUGGACAGCAUGUGGGACUGUGCAACAGACCUCUUGAAAGACUGGGAAUGUAUGAACAGUCUUCUGUUGGAGGAGCCUCUCAAUGGAGAAGAACCUUUAACGGAUAGACAGGAAAGCGCACUGAUUGAAAUAAUGCUUUGUACAAUUCGGCAAGCAGCUGAAUGUCAUCCUCCUGUGGGAAGAGGAACAGGGAAAAGGGUGCUGACAGCAAAGGAAAAGAAAACCCAGUUGGAUGACAGGACAAAAAUUACUGAACUUUUUGCAGUGGCACUUCCUCAGUUGCUAGCAAAGUAUUCUGUAGAUGCAGAAAAAGUCACCAACUUACUGCAGUUACCGCAGUACUUCGAUUUGGAAAUUUAUACAACAGGGCGAUUAGAAAAGCAUUUGGAUGCCUUACUGCGACAAAUCCGGGAUAUUGUGGAGAAGCACACAGAUAUAGAUGUUUUGGAAGCCUGCUCAAAAACAUACCACGCUCUCUGUAAUGAAGAAUUCACAAUCUUCAACAGGGUUGACAUUGCAAGAAGUCAGUUAAUAGAUGAACUGGCAGACAAGUUUAAUCGACUUCUUGAAGACUUCCUGCAAGAGGGGGAAGAACCUGAUGAAGAUGAUGCAUAUCAAGUCUUGUCAACACUGAAGAGAAUCACUGCUUUUCACAAUGCUCAUGAUCUAUCAAGAUGGGACUUGUUUGGCUGCAACUACAAGUUAUUGAAAACUGGCAUUGAAAAUGGAGACAUGCCAGAACAGAUUGUUAUUCAUGCACUGCAGUGUACUCAUUAUGUAAUCCUUUGGCAGCUAGCAAAAAUUACUGAAAGCAGUUCCACAAAGGAGGAUCUUCUACGUCUAAAGAAGCAGAUGAGAGUGUUCUGUCAAAUCUGUCAACACUACCUGACCAAUGUAAACACUGCUGUUAAGGAACAGGCUUUCACAAUUCUGUGUGAUGUGUUGAUGAUCUUCAGUCAUCAGAUUAUGACAGGAGGACGUGACAUGUUGGAGCCACUUGUUUACACUCCUGAUUCUUCAUUGCAAUCUGAACUACUCAGUUUUAUUUUAGAUCAUGUCUUCAUUGAUCAGGAUGAUGAUAAUAAUAGUGCAGAUGGACAGCAAGAUGAUGAAGCUAGCAAAAUUGAAGCAUUGCACAAAAGAAGAAAUCUACUUGCAGCUUUCUGUAAACUCAUUGUGUAUACUGUGGUGGAAAUGAAUACAGCUGCAGACAUUUUCAAGCAAUAUAUGAAGUAUUACAAUGACUAUGGUGAUAUUAUUAAAGAAACGAUGAGUAAAACAAGACAGAUAGACAAAAUCCAGUGUGCUAAAACGCUUAUACUUAGCUUGCAGCAGCUUUUCAAUGAAAUGAUUCAAGAAAAUGGUUAUAAUUUUGACAGAUCAUCACCGACAUUCAGUGGCAUAAAGGAACUUGCUCGACGUUUUGCUUUAACGUUCGGACUGGAUCAGUUGAAAACAAGAGAAGCUAUUGCUAUGUUACACAAGGAUGGCAUAGAAUUUGCUUUUAAGGAGCCUAAUCCACAAGGUGAGAGCCACCCACCGUUAAAUUUGGCAUUUCUUGAUAUUCUGAGUGAGUUCUCCUCCAAACUUCUCAGACAAGACAAAAGAACAGUGUAUGUUUACUUGGAGAAGUUUAUGACCUUUCAGAUGUCUCUACGAAGAGAAGAUGUGUGGCUUCCUCUCAUGUCCUACAGAAACUCUUUAUUAGCUGGUGGGGAUGAUGAUACUAUGUCAGUGAUUAGUGGAAUUAGUAGUCGAGGAUCUACAGUAAGAAAUAAGAAGACAAAGCCAGCAACAGGAAAACGGAAAGUACCUGAAGCUGAAGAAAGCAGCAGUAGUGACAGUAUGUGGCUGAACAGGGAGCAGACAAUGCACACACCAGUCAUGAUGCAGACACCUCAGCUUACUUCCACAAUAAUGAGGGAGCCCAAGAGAUUGCGACCUGAAGAAAGUUAUAUGGGUGUCUAUCCUAUGCAGCCUGAACACCACCAAGCUCCACUCGAUUACAACACGCAAGUAACGUGGAUGUUGGCUCAAAGGCAACAGGAAGAAGCCGCGCGACAACAACAGGAGAGGGCAGCGAUGAACUACGUCAAGCUGAGAACCAACUUGCAACACGCUAUUCGACGUGGCACAAGUCUAAUGGAAGAUGAUGAAGAGCCAAUUGUUGAAGAUGUGAUGAUGUCAUCAGAAGGGCGGAUUGAAGAUCUCAAUGAAGGCAUGGAUUUUGACACCAUGGACAUAGACCUACCACCGUCAAAGAACAGGAGAGAAAGAACGGAACUAAAACCAGAUUUCUUUGACCCCGCUUCAAUCAUGGAUGAAUCGGUUCUUGGGGUGUCAAUGUUUUAAUACCAGAGCAGCAAAUAAAUCAGUGGUGAAGUCAUUUUCUAAGUGGAAGAGGAAGUUUUUCAAUACAAAAUUGUGGUAGAUACAGUGAAAUUCUGAACAGAUUUUUCUCUAAGGAGAAUGACAUGCUUUCAAGAUCAAGUGCAUUGAAGGGGCAGUUUUGUUUGCCUGAAAAAAAAGAAAUGUAAAGGACAAGUAAACAAUUUGAGGAUAAGCUACACUUUUUGUUGGGGAAAAAAAUAAUCAAUAUUUUAUUUAUGUGCUAUCAGUUUAUUUCCGGAUCAUAAGAAGUAUUCCCUCUGAGUUUUAAUCUAACAGUCUGAGAGGUGUUUGGUACAGAUUUGAGCCCCUCUCUAUACAUUUGCUGGCUAUACUAAAUAAUCAUGAGCUCUGCUGGAUUGCUGUUUACGUCCAUGAACUGAAAUAAUAGAUGGAUUGGUUUUCCUACAGUGAUAGAACCAGAAGAGUGUCAGUAUUUUAAAUUAAAUGCAAACUUCAGCAACAGAAGGUUUGUAUUAAUUAAUCAUGGGAAAAAAAAUACAUAAAGCAGAAUUUUAACAGCUUUUUAAUCUAAAACACACUUUUAUUCCAAAAGCUUCAUGCUAGCCUUCUCAGAAAGGUCCAUAAACUACGAGCUACCAGAAAGUAACAGAUCUCAGUCAUGCUUGCCCAUUACCAACCCUGAAAGUUUGCUUGUCCUUUAAGAAAAAUGUAAUGUUGUGAAAUUCCUUCCAGUAGUGCCACUGUAUUUUGUCUCCAAAUAAAAGAAGCUUAUUGUAGUAUGUUUGCAGAAAAAUUCUAAACAAAAAUUAUACAGCUUAUUAGAGUGUGGGAAUAGGGAUCUAAAUUUUAAAUAAAAUUAUAUAUAUAUAUAAAUUGGUGCUGAUUUUAUAAUUGCGCAGUUUGUUUAGUUUUUUCUUACUUUUAAAUUCCAACUUAAAAUUAUGAGGUUUCAGAAAUAUAUUGAAAGUUUAACAAUGUUUAAAAAUAGAAGAGCAUGAGAAUUCAUGCUUUAAAAAUGAUUUUUAAAUUUGUAUUUUAUAUUGUUUUAUCUAUCUGUCUUUGCAAGCAGUCUUCAGGUUAAAGAUACUUCUAACAGGUUACAGUACAUUUCCUCUGUAUGUAAAUUAGAUUGGAUAAUAGAAAUUCAUAAACAACCCAUAAUAUUCUUUGAAAGCUAAGCUUUAAACUUCAUUUUGUGUCCAUUCACAAAUAAAUUAAAUUUGGUCUAAAACAGAAAGUGGAUCUACGCCAUUUUGACAUCGACUCAUUUUGCAAGGCUUAGGCAGCUAGACAUCAUUUUAAAGGAAAUAUUAACUUAUAUUACAUAUGUAUAUUUUUUGUCAGUUGUCUCUCAGUUCUUGAGGUAUAUUAUUUUAAUCAUUCCAUGCCUUAAUAUGCUUGCAAUACAAGAAUCUCCCCAAAUGGGUGAAUACAAAAAGGCUUCCUGUUUUUAGACUCAGAAAUUAAACAUUCGGCUGUGGUAGCCAAAAACCAUAGAUUAUCUAAAGGAUCAUGAUAAAAUAUAAUUAUUUUACUAAGUCAUGGGGUAACAACAAACUCAAAACUAGAUCUGCCUAACUCAUUUUACAUAAAUAAAUACUCUCAUGUCUAAAAGUACUGCCUAUAUUGUUUUUCACACCACUGCAUUUAAUAGAACUGCUGAGAGGACUGUAUAUAUGAUUUUAAACUUAAGUUGAUUUUUCUUACUCUUGAAGGAGUGUUUCUUUGUGAAAGCAGUUCUUACAGCUUUGUUUUCAACCAGCUAAAAAUGUUUUAUAUAUUUACCUUAACCUGUUGUCCUCCACAUUCUAUUGUCCUAAUUGUACUGUUUUCUGAUUUGUAUUUAUGUCUUGAGACAGUAACUUUUUGAAUAAAAAUAAACCUACAGUA